AUGCAAACUAGAAAUGCCAUUUCUUGGAUAAAGGAAGAGAUUACUCGAUCCAUUUCCGUAUCGCUCAUAAUAUAUAUAUUAAUUCGAGCACCUAUUUCAGAUGCAUAUCCCAUUUUUGCACAACAGGGAUAUGAAAAUCCGCGAGAAGCGACAGGUCGUAUUGUAUGUGCCAAUUGCCAUUUGGCUAAUAAGCCCGUGGAUAUUGAAGUUCCACAAACGGUACUUCCCGAUACUGUAUUUGAAGCGGUUGUUCGAAUUCCUUAUGAUAUGCAAAUCAAACAAGUUCUUGCUAAUGGUAAAAAGGGGGCUUUGAAUGUCGGGGCUGUUCUUAUUUUACCGGAGGGCUUUGAAUUGGCCCCCCCCGAUCGUAUUUCACCCGAGAUUAAAGAAAAGCUGGGUAAUCUCUCUUUUCAAAGCUAUCGUCCCACAAAAAAAAACAUUCUUGUGGUAGGUCCUGUUCCCGGCCAGAAAUAUAGUGAAAUCACCUUUCCUAUCCUUUCCCCCAAUCCCGCUACUGAGAGAGAUGUUCACUUCUUAAAAUAUCCAAUAUAUGUAGGCGGGAACAGGGGGAGGGGUCAAAUUUAUCCCGACGGGAGCAAGAGUAAUAAUACUGUGUAUAAUGCUACAGCAGCGGGGAUAGUAAAAAAAAUCAUACGAAAAGAAAAGGGGGGAUACGAAAUAACUAUAGCGGAUGCAUCGGAUGGACGUGAAGUGAUUGAUAUUAUACCUCCAGGACCGGAACUUCUUGUUUCGGAGGGUGAAUCUAUCAAACUUGAUCAACCAUUAACGAGUAAUCCUAAUGUGGGUGGAUUUGGUCAGGGGGAUGCAGAAAUAGUACUUCAAGAUCCGUUACGUGUCCAAGGUCUUUUGUUCUUCUUGGCAUCGAUUAUUUUGGCACAAAUCUUCUUGGUUCUUAAAAAGAAACAAUUUGAGAAGGUGCAAUUGUCCGAGAUGAAUUUCUAAUUUACAGGUCCGCGAAUUUAUGAACAUAUUAAGCCUAAGCCGGUAAAAGAACUAAAUUUUAGUCGAUAAAUUCUGUACUGUAAUUCUAUUCUGUAUAAUCAAAAAUUUAAGAAAAAGGACCGAACCUUUGAUUCUUUCGAGUCUUUUUCUACCGUAUUUAGAGAAUUCCUUGUACUGCAGUACUAGUCAGUCAUAGUAUAUAUAGUGAAGAAGACUAUUUUACUUUGCCUUUUUUCAACCCAAUAAAUUAGAGCAAUAUGAUUAUGUCACUGUUUUCAGAUUUCAAUGUCCUACAAUAGAAAACAAUUAUUAGUUCUUUAUUGUUGUAAUAUAAGAAAAAUAGUUGGAGAAUAUUAAGCACAGUAGAAAUCAAAAUAGGGAAAACGAGAUUCUAGGAUUCUAGGAGAGAUUUUUUUUUUAUCUUUUCCUAGAGUCCGAUUGUUUUUUGAUUGUAGCAAAAUAUCGAAAUAGAAAAUCUUUUCUAUUCUAUUUAUAUAGAAUAAUACUUGUUGAUUCCCUUCUUUGAGCGGAACCUUUAUGAGAUAAGAUAAAAUAUCAUCUUAAUGAAUACAGUAUACCACAUUAUGUAGUGGACAAACAAAAGAAGGGGGGGUUGACCCAACAAUAAGAUUUCGAAUAGAAAAAGGGAAUAAAGAUAGAAUAGAAUUAAGAAUAUAUUACAAUAGAAUUAAACAGAAUUCAUAUUAUUUCCAUUGCGAUAUCCCGAAAAAGUAAAUCAAAUGAUUCCCCUUUUAUUCUUUUUUUACUUUUCUUUCAACUUAAAUUGAAAGAAAUUUUCCUCUGGAAAAGACUUUUUUUAAUCAAAAAAUAAAGUUCAUUUUUAAAAAACAUUAAAAAAAAUUGAAAUGGACUUUUUUGAAACAUUGAAAAAAGUUAUCUAUUGAGUCAUUUAUAGAAUAAGAAAUCUUCUUCUUAUUAAGAACUCAACGGGACCCCCUCGAAUUCAUCAACAAAAAGAGUGGAUCCCUGUUGAGUUCUUCUUACACGUUCAUUUUGCAAACUCAAUUCAUCUGAUUACUACAGGGAUGAACCCAAUCCGGAAUAUGAACCAUAAAAGAAAAUACCAAUUAAACCGAUCACAGGAAUACCAGUUACAGUACCUAUUAUCCAAAGAGGAAUCCUUCCAGUAGUAUCGGCCAUUUAUCCCACUUUCCUCCACAUUUGAUCAGGUAGUCAUGCUAGUGACAUAAACAGUCAUAGAUAAUUAUGAAAUUAUAUCCUUCCGAAUGGGAUAAGAGAAUUCCGAAUACGUAUACGUAUUUAUUCCCUUUCUUCUAUUAAUUGAAGAAAUAAUUUGAAAAUAAAACAGCAAGUACAAAAA